UGCUAAACUGUCAGUUUACGGCAGUCGCAAAUUAGUAUCAGUAUCAUUUUGCGACAUAAGCUGCCGUAAAAUGAGCUGGUCCUGUUGACAAAAUGGCUGCGAAUGGUGACGAAAUCGGCGACGUGCGUGUCGGUGUUUGUGUUCAGGAAAUCGUCAAACAUGAUCUGGAAGCUAAAGCGGUUAUACAGGACAUCUGGGAGUGUGGCGGUCCACUCCGUGUGCUGAAUGAGCUCAACUUUGCAGCUAAGGAGAAGUUGAAGGUGCUGAGGGAUAGGAUAGAGGACCUGGAAAGGCUAGCCAGGGAGCAGGACAGGGAGACCACAAAGAGGUUACUUCUGGAUGAUGUGGAAAAUUACAAGCAGCAAUUGAUAAGCACACAGACAACCCUGAGAAAAGCCAACUUGGCCUGUAAAAUGGCCAUUGACCGGGGAGAGAGGGAAGAUUUGUUCAAAGGAGAGGAUGAGGAAGUCAGACAAAGGAAACACACCAAGGAACAAGUGACAAAGACAGCAGGAAACCUCACAGAGAAUCUGAUGUCAAUCAGCCGGAUGAUGGCUAAUAAUGUCAAACAGAGCGAGAACACGAUGCACACUAUAGUUAGCUCUUCUAAGACGGUAGGUGACACCCAUGAAGAGUUUAAGAGCCAAGGAGGGACCAUUCAGAUCAGCCGCAAGCUCCUGUCCAAGUACAACAGGAGAGAACUCACAGACAAGCUGCUCAUCUUCCUCGCUGUGGCUUUCUUCUUUGCAACUGUCUUGUACAUCCUGAAGAAGAGAGUCUUUCCAUCUUGACACACGUGCAGGGACAGAUGGUGUCCUUGUGUGUGGUUGUGUAUGCUUCGUCAGAAGACUGUUCUUAUCUCUAAUGGACCUAUCAUUUGCCAAUAACAUAACAAGCAGCUUGCUAUGGAGGUGAUGUAUCAUAAACACAGAGAAUAACAAAGAUAUAACUUUAUGUAUUUAGCAGUACUAAUGACAAAACAAUGGAAAUGGACCAGCAUUCCUAAAGAAAGGGCAGCAAAAUAAAGGGGCUAGCAAACACACAAUGUUUGAAGAGUUCUGAACACAUACAUGUAUUUGUGCCAAAAUCAUGAAGUAAUGCUACAGUCUAUCUUUGGCACCAAAAGAGUUAGGCUAUACCUCAUGUUUGUACAAUGCAUUUAAUAAUGUCAACUUUCUGCAAAAUGUAGUUUUAUCAUUCCAAUUAUGAGCACU